GGGACGGAAGUUGCUAACGGCCAGCUGGGUUGCCUGGGGCAACUGACAGACCUGGCCCGGCACUGGACCCUAGCCAUUUAUUUGUGCAAAUGUGCCCCUGGGGCAGUAACUCAGUGACAAACCAGGAAUUGUCACCAUUGUUCAAACAACUAUAGGCAGAGCAAGUGGAGGCAAGAACUUGUUAAAGGUUAGGGGCAAAUGUGUCCAUUAGUAGAUGAGCCCUAGUGGAGUGUGAUAGUUCAUUAACCCCAGCCUGUUACAGGGUAACGCAGAAGAUGAAAUACAGAAACCACAAACUGCGCACGACCCUCUCUACUGACAAUUCGCUUUACUUAAGUCCCUCAUCACUGUCCAACCGUAGCUCCGAUAAUAAUCAGUCCCUGGUCAUUUGUCCCUCUUUUAUGUCCACGUUGCAGUGUCGCUACUGUUUCAUCCUCACACUGUUUCUAAACGACUUCUGAGCUGAGCCCCAUUUUCCGCCGGUUCCCCUUCGCUCUGCAUCUGCUUCCCUUGCGUCUCACUGCUCGUCCUCCCUGCACAGUCAGCUCCACCCCCAAAUCCCCACAACAAACCCCCUCUCGCCCUCCUUGCUUUCCAGGUGACGUCAGGCUCUGCCUCCCCUGGGAGCUGAGGUCUGUUCCUUGGACUAUGACUUGGGGAGAGUGAAGAGGCAGAAGCGCUGCUGGAGAGAGUUUCCACCUUAGCGGAGCUGCAGCCAUGGCGACCGUUCAAUGCCGGGUGCAGUACCUGGAUGACAUGGACCCCUUUAUUUGUACAAACUUCCCCGAGCCCAGAAGAGCCCCGGUGCACAGUCUCUCAGAGAACACUUCGCUGCUGGAUCAGCUGCCGGCCAUACACAAGCUGCUGGAGGCGCCCUUAAAGCUGGAAGACUGCACACUCCAGUUAACUACCAAUGGAAAUUACCUGGAUAUUGAACUAUCUCUGGCAGAGCAAAGAGAUUAUCUAGAAGCUUUUUAUGAAGAUAUAAGCAAAGGAAGACGACCUACAAUUAUUCUCCGCACACAGUUGUCAGUGAGAGUCCACUCUAUUCUUGAAAAAUUAUACAAUUCCAAUGGGCCUGAACUGAGAAGGUCUCUCUUCUCUCUCAAGCAACUUUUUCAGGAAGAUAAGGAUCUUGUUCCUGAGUUUGUCAACUCUGAGGGUUUAACAUGUCUUAUCAAAGUGGGUGCAGAAGCUGAUCAGAACUAUCAGAACUACAUCCUUCGAGCUUUGAGUCAGAUAAUGCUGUUUGUCGAUGGCAUGAAUGGUGUGAUCAAUCACAACGAGACAAUUCAGUGGCUUUACACACUUUGUGGCAGUCAAUAUCGACUGGUCGUAAAGACUGCUUUAAAGCUCCUGAUUGUCUUUGUUGAAUAUACAGAGUCGAACGCUUCUGUUCUAAUUAGAGCAGUAAACAAUGUAGAUAACAAUCGGGGCUGCAGUCCAUGGUUAAAUUUAAUAGAUAUCCUGGAAGAAAAGAACGGGGCCGACUCAGAGCUGCUAGUUUUCACAAUGACACUCAUUAAUAAGACUCUUUCAGCACUUCCUGACCAGGACUCAUUUUAUGAUGUUACUGACUGUCUGGAGCAGCAGGGAAUGGAAAAGAUCAUUCAGCAUCACAUGAACAACAAAGCAACUGACCCAGACCUGAAACAGAAACUUGUACUGUAUGAGAGUGCAUUGAAACAGGAGGAUGAAGGUGUCGAGGAAGCAUCUAAAACUUUCCGUAAAGAGCGUAGACGAAACCCUCUGGGUGUUGAAGAGGUACGACGCUCCAGACGCUCGCUUGGAAACAGUGCAGAAGUUUGGGCAAAGAUCAACUCCACUUCUUCAGUGACAAAACCCCAGGAUGAAAACAGUACUUCCCUAACCCCUGUGAUCAAUGAGUUCAGCCUACAAGUGCCUAAGUUCAGCGUUGUGCCACCAUCUCCACCAAAACAGCUUGCAAAAGAAGAGCCACUGCCUUCUCUAGCGUACAUAGAUUCAUACACAAAGGCAGAUUGUUAUGCUUCAAAUGGGAAUAAAACUGAACUAUCUGCUGUUGAAAAUGUCAGCACCUCCACAUUAUCCUUUUCCAACCCCACCCCAGAGUUGGAUCAGUUGUCUAACAUUGGUGACAGAAGUAUAUUUAAAAGCAGGUUUUUGGAAAACUUGGCUGCCACUGAACUGGAGAAAAUAUCAGCCUUGUCCAAGGGCAGACAAGAUGUAUUGGCGGAGGCUGUGCGUAGUGGAGGGGAUUUGUGUGAAGAAGCCAUGUCUCCUAGCCAACAGGAAGAAGGACAUGAAGAUCUGAGUGAGAAAGAAGAGAAAAAUGAGAGCCUAAAUGAAAAAGAGCUGUGCUCUGGCUCCAGUGAUUCUUCAGCCAGCAGCACAUUGGAAAGGGAGGAGCGAGGAGAGAAGCAGGAACAUGAAUCAAAACCAAAAAGUCAAGUUUGCGUCCCCCCACCAACUACAGAUCGCUCCAGCUCUAAAAAGUUUAUGCUGGAAAUGUUCUAUUCCAAAAAUCAGGAUGGUACUAGCCUCGAUACAGAAAUUGUUAAUGCAAAAAACAUUCCGUCAAACGAAGUGCUGAAGUCACCCAGAGAAAGGAAGAAUCCCAUGUUUAGGGCGGAGAAAGGUCAGAUAGAGAAUUCUACGAAUAUAAGCAUUGAAAAUACUGCUGAAUCGAGGAGAACAGUUAUGAGGUCUCAGUACAGCAUUGAUGCAGAAACCAAUGCCAAGAAUUUGGAGAAAACGCUAAUGAUUCCCUAUAAGAAAUCCUCAGCAGUUCUGUGGGAGCAAUCAUCAAAGCCUCAGACAGUACUAAAGAUUAAAGACCUGGAUUUUACUGAUCUGUGUGAGGAAGAGGAUUACGACGUCCUUUACUUUGAUUCACCAGUUACUGCAUCACCACCACAUCCACCAAUUUUGAAUUCUAUACCCCCUCCAUCCCUUACUGGGUUGCCUUUUCCACCUCCACCACCACCUCCGCCACUACCUGGUUGUCCACUUCCACCAGCUCCACCUAUUUGUCCUCCACCUUCACUAUGUAACAGCCUAAAUUUGCCACCUCCUCCACCUGCUCCUCCUAGCUUUAGUUCCAUGUCCCAGAAUGUGAGUAGCACAGCUUUGACUAAAAAGAGGAAAACUGUGAAACUUUUUUGGAAGGAAAUGAAAGAACCUGAAAACACAAGUAGGGGAAAGUUUGGAAAAGGAACACUUUGGGAUUCAAUGGAUAAAGUUUCUGUGGAUACUGAAAAAAUUGAGCAUCUUUUUGAAUCCAAAGCCAAGGAAUUGACAGCUUCUAAGAAAGGGACUGAUGUGAAGAAACAGUAUCUGGUUGUACUGGAUCCCAAGAGGAGCAAUGCUAUAAAUAUUGGGUUAACGGUGCUGCCAACUGUUCAUAUUAUCAAGACGGCGAUCUUGAAUUUUGAUGAAUAUGCCAUCACCAAAGAGGGUAUUGAGAAAAUUCUGACAAUGGUGCCUACAGAAGAGGAAAAACAGAAGAUUCAGGAAGCUCAGCUUGCAAACCCUGAUAUUCCACUGGGGACAGCCGAGCAGUUCUUACUCACCCUUUCUUCUAUCAGUGGGCUAUCAUCAAGACUGCAGCUCUGGGCUUUUAAACUUGACUAUGAGACCAUGGAGAAGGAAAUAGCAGAGCCUCUGUUUGACUUAAAAUUGGGAAUGGAGCAGUUAUCGAAGAACAAAACCUUUAAAGUCAUUCUGGCAUCUCUUUUGGCUGUUGGCAAUUUCCUCAAUGGAUCUAAUGCAAAGGGCUUCGAUCUUAGUUACUUGGAAAAAGUAUCAGAAGUGAAAGACACUGUUCACAGGCAGUCCCUCCUCCACCAUAUGUGUAACCUUGUCAUAGAAAAAUUCCCAGAAACCUCGGAUCUUUACUCGGAAAUUGCCGCCAUCACACGUUCAUCAAAAGUAGACUUUGAUGAGCUGGCAGAUACUUUGAUUCAGUUGGAGAAGAGAUGCAGGGAAUCUUGGGAGAGCCUGAAGGUCAUUGCCAAACAUGAGAUCAAACCUGGACUGAAGAACAAAAUGACUGACUUCUUAAAAAGCUGCACUGAAAAGAUUGUCAUCCUCAAAAUUGUUUAUAGGAGAAUUCUAAACAGGUUCCGUUCUUUCUUGCUGUACCUGGGCUACACUUACUCCUCUGCCAGAGACACAAAGAUUACAAGAUUCUGCAAGAUCGUCAGUGAAUUUGCACUGGAGUAUAGAACUACAAGAGAAAGGGUCCUACAGCAGAAGCAAAAACGAGCAGCUUACAGAGAGAGAAACAAAACACGUGGCAGAAUGAUUACAGAGACAGCUAAAUUUUCCACAGCUGCUGGCAGUGUGGAGAAUAACUUAACGUCUGCUACUUCAUCUAGACUACAAAAUCAGACAUCUGAAGAAGGACAUGAAAACAUGACCAACCUACUCAUCUCUGCAGGGGAAACUCAAACUCGCAGAAGCAGAGGCGUCCGAAGUUUAAGUCGUUGCAGCCCUCCCGAAGUCUCAGCAAGGAAGGCUGAAUCUGGGUCUUCCCCUGUAGAUGCCUCAGAUGAGAUUAUGGACCGUCUGGUACAAUCUGUGACCCAAAACCCUAAUCCAAGAGUUGUGGCUCCCAAGGAACGAAAGAGAUCCAGAGCAAACAGAAAAUCAUUGAGAAGAACCCUAAAGAGUGGAUUGAGUGAUGACUUAGUGCAGGCACUGGGGCUGGCAAAGUCCUCUGAGGUUUCUGUAUGAUGAACUUCAUGAAAGACUGUACAGCAGAAUGCCUCGCGCCCCCUACGGUGGGUUCUCAGGAUUCUACAGAGCACAUGAAACAAAUCCUCUUGUGAUGACAUGGUUAUUUAGCAUGUACUGAAAAGAGCAUGAAUAAGCAGUGUGUGGCGCACUAGAUGAAGAAGUUUUUAACCUAUUUUAUUCAAGAAAAGCAGUGCACCACACAUGUUUUGCAUUCAUUCUCUUGAAAGAAUUUUCUGCCUGAGCUGAAGUAUGAAUUCUUUGCCUUGGCCAGGACAUGCUGCAAUGCCAGAUUUAACCUACCCAAGAACUUGUGUUCUCUGCUCUCUCUGUUUCUUUGAAACAAAAAACUUUGCAGACAUUAUAAUUCUGGUAAUGUUUUUAAGAAGACAGAUAUGCAAAUAAAGCCUGUGGAUUUCCAGGA